UUGCUUACCUUAUCCCAACCUACAUUAUUCCAGAGUGCAAAAAACUUACCGGACCUCGUGUUCACUGCGAAUGCAGGAAUUGUAAGAGAAAAGAAAGUCUACCUAGCAAAUUUCGCCCAUGAACAGCGUAAACCCGAAUGGAAACUCAAUGAUAAAUGGUUUAAAGAAAAUGGUUUCACCACAUUCUUUAAUCCAGAACUUCGCCAUGAAGGUCAGCCUUGUCUUGAACCAAUGUCAAUAGGGACUGUUGCGGGAAGCUGUGAAGUCUACUUUGUAGGCACUGGUGAUGCAUUGUGGAUUAAUAACGGAAAAGUUCUGCUGGCUGGUAUUGGUCCUAGAUCGGAUCCACGAGCUCUUGAAGAUAUUCACAAUAAACUACGAUCAGAUGGAGACGAUUUUAUGGUGCUGGCGCUGAAACUCAUUGACCCGCGGUUGGUGGAGCCAUACAAAACUCAUACUUUCUCGUCUACAAUAUGCUUUCUUUCUUUCUUCAUAGGCUUCAAUUCAACUCUUUUUCCUUAACC